CUAUUGCCUUGUUCCCCUCCGUCCUUUAUCACCAACCUGUCACUUCCUUCCUCUCUCUCUAUCUAUUUCCUUCUGUCUUUUUCUUUCUUUUACCCUUCCUUUUGGCCCCGUUGAUUUUCCGGCGAACUCUAUACAUAACUCUCCAUCCUCAUGGCUCCCUCUGGUGUAAACCACCUCUCUCAACCUUGUAUUUACGGGGAGUCUGUUUCUUCGUACGCAGAGAGAAAGUCUCGGGUUAUGAAAUGGCUGAGUAAGCUUUUCAAGAGUGGGACCGGUCGAGGAGGGGGUGGAGGUGGUGGCAGACACCCGCAGAUCCUUGGUGAGGAAAGCAUGGUUAUGCGUGCACCUUCUAGAUCCUUGGAUGAUCGCUCUAGGUCUCAAAAAGAAAAAGAGGAAUUAGAUCGUGCAAUCGCACUUUCCCUGUCUGAAGAUUCAAAGAGACGAAAUCGGUGUAGAUGGUGGACAAACAAUGAUGAAGAGCUUGCGACGACACUUCAGGAUAGCCUAAAUUCACCUUCAUUUCCUCCUUAUUCCCAUGUACCAUAUUAUCCAAGGGAGUAUAGGAUAUGCAAUGGUUGCAAACGUGACAUAGGCUAUGGCAAUUAUUUGGGAUGCAUGGGAACAUUUUUCCAUCCAGAGUGCUUCUGCUGUCGUGCUUGUGGUCACCCAAUUACUGAGCAUGAGUUUUCUUUGUCAGGAAGGGACCCUUAUCACAAGUCUUGUUUUAAAGAGCUGACCCAUCCCAAAUGUGAAGUUUGCCACCAUUUUAUUCCAACAAAUGCUGCUGGUUUGAUCGAGUAUAGGUGCCAUCCAUUUUGGUCUCAAAAAUAUUGUCCAUCACAUGAGCAUGAUAUCACUGCUCGCUGCUGUAGUUGUGAACGUUUAGAGUCUCGGAAUGCGAAAUACUAUAGUUUGGAAGAUGGUCGGCGUUUAUGCUAUGAGUGCAUGGAAUCUGCUAUCAUGGAUACUGGUGAUUGUCAACCCCUUUACCAUGCCAUAAGAGAUUAUUACGAAGGAAUGAACAUGAAACUAGAUCAGCAAAUUCCAAUGCUUCUGGUUGAAAGACAAGCCCUUAAUGAAGCCAUAGUCGGGGAGAAGCAUGGCUUUCAUCACAUGCCUGAGACAAGGGGUUUAUGUCUUUCUGAAGAACAAACUGUCACCAGUAUACUCAAAAGGCCGAGAAUUGGUGGCCACCGACUUGGAGGAAUGAGAACUCAACCCCAAAAGCUUACUCGAAAAUGUGAAGUUACGGCUAUUCUUGUUCUCUAUGGUCUUCCAAGAUUACUCACAGGUGCUAUUCUUGCCCAUGAGUUGAUGCAUGGCUGGUUACGCCUUAAAGGCUACCGUAAUCUUAACCCCGAGGUAGAGGAAGGUAUCUGUCAGGUGCUUUCAUACAUGUGGCUUGAUUCAGAAGUGAUGCCUGGCUUUAAAAGCAUGCCAUCUACAUCAGCACCUUCGUCCUCAUCAUCAUCAUCAUCGAAAAAAGGUCAAAAGUCUGACGUGGAAAAUAAACUGGGUGAAUUUUUCAUGCACCAAAUCGCCAGUGAUACUUCUCCGGCAUAUGGAGGAGGAUUUAGGGCCGCUAAUGCCGCUGUCAAUAGGUAUGGUUUACGUCGUACCCUUGACCACAUCCGUCUGACUGGAAACUUCCCAUUGUAAUACGAAGAAAUGUUCUCAAUUGCUGUAUCUCCGUCUUAUUAUGCUCAUCAAAGAAACUGAUUUGCUCUGCAAAAGAAUUCAGCUUGCAAAAAAAGCUUGGACGACAACCCCCUCCAAUUUUCAUAUGGGAGACGUGCGUCCAAAAUAACUCUUCCAGCCUAAUAAUAUGCUUUUUUUUUUUGCUGGAUGU